AAUUCAGGCCUUUGAUAUAAGUGUUUGCACCGAGGUUUCACCUCCAUGCCUUUGUUACAGCGCGAAAUGUUUCCCAAAGCAACGAUUCUCUUCACUGGUUUAAAACAAUGAAUGUAUGUUUUACGAGGCGCAGUUGUCGUGUUGGGAAGUGGGGCUUGUGAGUGACUCUGUGGGGAAGUCAUGUCUCUGUUGAAAGUGCGAGAGGCUGAUGUGGGGGGUUUCAGUGGAGCGAGGAAACGCCGCCGAUGGUGAGGUGACGGCCAACAGAGGAACAGAGGUCAGUGUCCCACUGCCAACGGAAUGGACCGCAGAGGGGAACCGGGCUGUGGAGUUUAACACUGGACCCCAUGAGGAUAUGCCGGCCGGGCAUUGGAUAUCCAUGCUGUGACUGCUACUUAAGCGGCUGUGCGAGGAGCGUCAGCGAACGAUGUUGAAGCAAGCCAUGCAAUGGAAGUCCAUGUGCAAGGGGCUGGUCCUGGGAACUCUGCUCACCACCUGCAUGAUCCUGCUCUACUCUUUCGCCGCGCCGCCUCACCAACUCAACCUCCAAGAAGUUCCCGUUCCUUAUUCCUGCUCCUACAAACCUGUGCAUCCCAGGAAUGUACCCCAAAUAAAUAACACGCUUUCGACGCUGGAGCAGAGUAAAGCCUGCACUCUCAAGGAGGACAUCAUGUUCAUGAAGACCCACAAAACGGCCAGCAGCACUAUCCUCAACAUCCUCUUCCGUUUUGGUCAGAGGCACCGGCUGAAAUUUGCUUUUCCCAAUGGCCGGAACGACUUCUACUACCCAUCCUUCUUUGACAGGAGCCAGGUGAAGGACUACAGGCCGGGCACUUGCUUCAACAUCAUCUGUAACCACAUGAGGUUUCACAGUGAAGAGGUCCACAAGUUGCUCCCUGAAGACACUGUCUACUUCAGCAUCCUCAGGAACCCUGCUUAUUUAUUUGAAUCGUCUUUCCAUUACUUUGGUCGUGUGAUCCCUUUGACCUGGAAGAUCAGUGGGGAGGACAAGCUCUCUGAAUUCCUCAGGGAACCUGACCGAUACUAUGAUCCGAAUGGCUUUAACUCCCAUUACUUGAAGAACGUGUUGUUUUUUGACUUUGGCUAUGACAAUAACUUAGAGUUUGGUGACCCCAGAGUAGAGAAGUACAUCAAAGCCAUUGAUGAACGAUUCCAGUUGGUGAUGCUUCUUGAGUACUUUGACGAGUCCCUCAUUCUCCUGAAGGAUGUGAUGUGUUGGAACAUGGACGACAUCCUGUAUUUUAAGUUGAAUAUAAGGAAGGAUUCCACCAUCUCGAGAAUGAACGGAGAGCUAUAUGAAAAAGCGACGAGAUGGAACCGGAUAGACAGCAUGUUGUAUGGAUACUUCAAUGCUACGUUCUGGAGAAAGGUGAGGCAGUACGGCUUCGAACGCAUGCAGCAUGACGUGGAAGAACUGCGCGAGCGCAACGAUCACAUGCAAUCCAUCUGCAUCGACGGCGGGCGACCGGUGGAUGCAAAUGCCAUUCAGGAGGCGUCCUUGCAGCCGUGGCAACCUCUGGGGGAGCGCUCCAUCAUGGGCUACAACCUGAAGAAGAACAUUAGUCGAAAGCAUAGAAAACUCUGCAGGAAAAUGCUCACUCCAGAGCUACAAUACUUGACUGAAUUAGGGGUUAAUCUGUGGAUAACAAAGUUAUGGUCCUACAUCAGAGACCUGUUCAGAUGGUAGCUUUGAGGCUGGGCUUUCUAUUCAUGUGCCAACCAUGCCACAGGCAUGAGGAACAGCACUGAGGAAGAAAUCCAUGGGCAUCACAUGGAUGCCAUUCCAGAUUGCCAGUGAUUGUAAGGCAAUCAUUCACGCAUUUAAUUUAUCGAGCACAAUGUGAUUACAGUCAGUGUUUUACUUUAUUUCACUUAAGUUUUAUUUGUAAAAUAGUCAUUCAUCUGGAACCAAAAGCCCCACCAUUCUAUGCUCUGUAAAAUAUCCAACUCUCUUUACAGUCCUGGCCAUAACUUGUGAAUGAUCACAAAUUAAAUAAUAACUGUGAAUUAAUAGUGUAAUCAGAGAAAUCAGAACUUCAAACAAUGUGAUAAAAACUAUGUGCUUAAAGAUCUAAUGCCAAUGCUUCCAUGUAGACUAAUGAAAGGCCGCAACAAACCAACAAUGAUGCCUAACAAAUCACGUCAGACUUAUGUAAUGAUUUGAUACACAUUUGUAAGGAAAUUUCUACCAGCCCAUGAAAUCCAGUUUAG